AUGUGGCUUCUCAAUACAACCACCUACGAACUGCGCAUGUUCAUCGUCGGCAGUACUGUGCCCUCCUACGCCAUCCUCUCCCAUACCUGGGGAUCCGAUGAGGUGACCUUCCAAGACAUCCAGAACCUAAACCUGGCAUCCAAGAAAGCCGGCUUCGCCAAAAUCCAAGGAUGUUGCACCCAAGCACUGCGUCACAACAUUGGAUGGGCUUGGAUCGAUUCCUGCUGCAUAGACAAGACCUCCUCCGCAGAGCUGUCCGAAGCCAUCAACUCCAUGUACACUUACUACCUCCUCGCCCGCGUCUGCUUCGUCUACCUCGCCGACGUACCGCCCCUGUCCUCCUCCCCUCCCAUGGGCCGGCUCCCAUCACUCGCUUCCUCCAAUUGGUUCACUCGCGGCUGGACACUCCAGGAACUCAUCGCACCCCGGAGAACAAUCUUCUACACCUCGGACUGGUCCCGCCUCGGAACCAAAGGCGUCCACACCGAUGAGCGCCCCUUUAUCCAGGCCCUCUCCUCCAUCACAGGAAUCUUUGAAUCUGUGCUCGCCAAAACCCGCCACCCGCGCGACUACUCCGUCGCAGAACGCAUGUCCUGGGCAGCAAAUCGCCAGACCACCCGCGCAGAAGACCUAGCCUACUGCCUCAUGGGCCUCUUCGGCGUCAACAUCCCCGUGUUAUACGGCGAAGGGCUCAAGCACGCUUUCCAGCGUCUUCAACACGAGAUCAUACGGACAUCUCCCGACGAGACAAUCUUCGCGUGGAGGGCGGAUCCGCAGCAGCAGCUUGUGGACCCGUACACGGGCGAGCGCCGAUCCAGAACCGUGACGUCGGGCUUGCUCGCCGACUCGCCCGCCGACUUUGCCCACUCGCACGACGUCCACCAGCGCGCACUGCUCCCUCCGUCCCCGUUUCGGGAGUUCACUAUGACCAACAUGGGUCUAUCCAUCGCUGCCAACCUCGUGCGCUUGUCGCCUGCUGCCGGUGGCGGGCCUCGUGGAAGUCCUGCACCGCCGUCCGUCUUUGUGGUGCCCAUCGGUGCGAGCGGCCGAUCAAACGACACCUCGCCACGCACCCGGGUUGGAUUAUAUCUGGAGCCGGUGCUCGUGGCGGCGAGUCGUGCAGGACACAAGACUUCGUACUUUCGCCGUGUCAUGUGCGAUAAGUUUUGUUUUGCAUCGAUUGGCGAAUUUCCGCAGGGCGAGCUUGCCAAUAUUUACAUCCUCGAAGACGAUCAAUCGACCUCCCACCCCAAGACCGGGCUCGGCGUCAGGCUCUGGCUCGGACGGGGGAGGAGGAGGAAAUUGGUCGCCGUCGAUUGGAGCCAGGUUAUCGCUCUCUACCAGUCCGUCUCCGAGGCCCUCGCCUAG